AUAUCCGAUUUAACAACGUUUAGGACAAUGAAAAAAAUGAAACAAAAAGUGGAUGAUACAUGCUUUGUAUCCUUUUUGUCUUUUUGGAAAUAAUUCUUUUUGUCCAUUUAUGUACACAGUGGUUUAUUCUUUUUUACGUUUUAAUAUAGAAAUUAAUUUAAAAAAAAUACAAUUUGCAAAAAAUUUUUUUUUGGAUACGAUUGUUCGUUCCACCUUCCAUGUUUCCAAAUUAAUAAUAAUGUACUACAAUAUACAAACUCUUUGUUUGUUUCGGAUAAUAUUAGUUUCAUUUUAGAUAUAAAUAAGCAUAUUUUUUUUCUCUAAACACUAAAACUUCAUCUUUUAAUUAUCGAUUUUUUUUUUAAAAAAAAAUAAAAGAAAAUUAUGUCAGCUUAUAAAACCGCUAUAGAAAAUACUCCGGAAGUAGUUGCAGCUGCUGCGGAAUUUGCUGGAAGUGUAGCUGACUUAGGCAAUUCGUUAGAUAUUGCAAAAGCUACUCUUGGAGCCGUAGGAACUGUAGGAGAGGCUAUUAAACCAUUCGUUCCAUUAAUUGCAGUUGUUACAACGGUAAUUAGUGAAAUUAUCACUAUCUAUGAAGACGCUCAGUAUAACAAAAAAAUUUGCAAUGCUUUAAUGGAUAGAGUUCAAACAGCCGAAAGUGCUAUUAAAACUU